AUGACGAGACCCUCGACUCCUCCUCCAUCUACAGAAACAAAGAAGACAGACCACUUACCACCCUCACUGCCCAACUCUCCACUACCCAAACGUGUCAAGUCCGACGCUCCUCCAUCCAAGAUGUCUCCCACGACCAACUCCACGGCAGUGCCACAACUCUCCUCCUCGUCGCAGCCGCCCCUCUUGAUCAGGAAGCUAUCCGCCGACGCCUCCACGCCGACUCGCGGCUCCGCCUUCGCUGCCGGGUACGAUCUGUACGCUUCGAAACCCAUCACGAUCCCCGCGCGAGGCAAGGCCCUAGUCUCGACGGACCUCUCCAUCGCCACGCCCGAAGGCACGUACGGCCGCAUCGCGCCCCGGUCGGGCCUGGCCGCGAAACACUUCAUCGACACGGGCGCGGGCGUCAUCGACGCAGACUACCGCGGCGAGGUCAAGGUCCUGCUGUUCAACCACGGCGAGGCCGAUUUCCGGGUCAACAAGGGUGACCGCAUCGCCCAGUUGGUCCUGGAGCGCAUAUACACGCCCGAGGUCGUCGAGGUCGACAAUCUCGAGGAGAGUGUCCGAGGGGCAGGCGGGUUUGGGAGCACCGGCUGA